GAAGCGCCCGCGCGAGGGGCAGCUGAGCACAGAAGCCAGAGCCAUGGCGCAGGCCAAAUGCGGAGUAGAUUGCCAAACCUACGCCCAGACCGACACCUGUAGCCAGGGCAGGGUGUUCGACGCCCCCGUGACCGUUGCGCCGAGCGACGACGAGCGGCUUGCGCACGGGGGCUGCCGCUCGGUCGUCGACGAAGUGCAGGACACCAAGGUCAAGAUCUCUGAGGCGCUGGAGGCGGCGGCGCGGGCCGUUGGGGACGACCCCGUGCAGAGGUCCGACGUCGCAGCCAUACACGCCGCGGAGGCGCGCGCCGUCGGCACCGGAGUGGACAUCCCUGCCGGGAUCGCCGCGCAGGCGCAGGCGGCGGCGGACGCCAACGCCACGGCCGCGCACGCCGAGGACAAGAUCACCAUCGGAGACGUCCUCAAGUGGAACGCGACGGCGAAGCUGCCUUCGGGCAAGGCGGUGACGAGGGAGGACGCGGCUGCCGCGGUGGAGGCAGAGGCGGCGCAUGCCCCCGGCAAGGGGACCAAGACAUACGGUGUGGGAGCGGCGCUUGCAGAGGCCGCGAGGCGCAAUCAGGAGGGGACAUGCCGGAAAUAGCCGGACACGCGUGUACAUUUUGGGACCGAUCGGAAUAAAGAGGAAGUAUAUACAUUACGUACAUGGGAAAGUAUAAGGUGAUACCAUUCCUUGCGUGAUAUCAUGAUAGCAACUUGCAUAACUCAAAUUUAAACAUGUCAAGAAAUUCUGAAAAAAAAAGCAUGGCUAUUCACAACACAUAUGUCGACAACCCCCUAAAAAAUUCAAAUUAAAAUUUGAAAUACACAAAGAGAAACAGAAAAGACAUAUUCAGAUAUGAACAGUGCCAUUCUUGCUUUUGUCUUUUUUUUCCUUCUCUAUAUCAAAUUUUGUUCUAAUUAUUUUUUGAUUGUCAACAUAUAUCUUGUGAACAUUCAUAAUUUUUUCAGAAUUUUUUUGAUAUAUUUAAAUUAGAAUUUUAUAGGUUGGUAUCUUUUUUUUUGAAAAGGAUAGGUUGGUAUCAUGGUAUCAACAUCACUGGUACUAUAUUGUGGGACGAAGGGAGAAGUAUAUAAUAUGCCUUCGUUUUGGAAAGCUUCAUUUCGGUAGGCCUUCGUUUUGGCGCCUGCGGCAACAGAAGUAAACCGGAUACUACAGUUGGAUUUGCACUGCUACUGCAUCAGCGUGGUUGUGCUUAGGGGCACGCAAUCUCCUAGUGACGGCUCUCCAAUCGUCCAGUGCAGGGCAGCGAUGUCACCUGGACCGUGGCUUGCCGGAGACGGUUGCCAUGGACCUCGCCCAGAGGCCCGUGUCCAAUGCUGACGGCCAGGGGAACGAGGGGGCGGGAAGGAAAACCAUAGUCGCCAUGGACAUCGUCCGAUGGUGAGUGAGGGAGUCCUGAAUUAGGGGGUCUUCGGACAGCCAGACUAUCUUCAUUGGCCGGACUCUUAGACUAUGAAGAUACAAGAUUGAA